GCGAGGCAGGCUUCGCGGUGCGAGCUAGGCCCGGGUGGUGUUUGCUGAGGUUUCCUCGGGUUGGAAGCGCGCUCUGGGGAUUUUGGGUCGUUAUUUGCAACGUGUUAAGCAUGUGACCUCGGGGUGACAGUUCCCGAAGUUUUCGUUGGAUGGAGUCCCUGGUGGAACCUGAUCCGUUCGGCGGGGAUGGAUUGCCGGAGGGUCUGGCCGGGAGAUUCCUGCAGGAGGAGCUGGAUCUGAACGCCAGGCUGAAGGGGAUAGAAUUCCCGGCUCCCGUCAGCUACAUCUACAAUCCCCUGGAGUACGCCUGGGAACCGCACCGCGCCUACGUGGAGCGUUACUGCUGCUCCCCCAAGGAGGUGCUGAUCCUGGGAAUGAAUCCCGGACCCUUCGGCAUGGUGCAGACCGGGGUUCCGUUCGGGGAGCUGGAGAGCGUCCGGGACUGGCUGGGCCUGGGUCCUGAGCUGGCUUCCGUCUCGCGCCCCCCUCGGGAGCACCCCCGGCGGCCGGUGCUGGGUCUGGGCUGCGCCCGCUCGGAGGUGAGCGGCGCCCGCUUCUGGGGCCUGUUCCGGUCGCUGUGCGGGCCCCCGGGACCCGCCUCGCUCUUCCGCCACUGCUUCGUCCACAACCUCUGCCCGCUGGCCUUCCUGGGCCCCUCCGGGCGCAACCUGACCCCGGCCGAGCUGCCGGCGGGGCCCCGGGAGGAGCUGCUGGAGUGCUGCGGUGACUCCCUGGCCAGGGCGGCCCAGCUGCUGGGGGUCAGCACCGUGCUCGCCGUCGGCCGGCUGGCCGAGCAGAGGGCCCGGCGGGCGCUGGCCGGGUCUGGGGCCCCCAUCCGGGUGGCGGUCCUCCCCCACCCCUCGCCCCGCAACGCCAGAGCCAACCGGGGAUGGCAGGAAGUGGCCACCACCGUGCUGCGGGAGCUGGGGAUCGCCCAGCUGCUGGAGAGCCCUGCCGACCCCUGACCUCCUGCUGACCCCUGACCCCCGGUGACCCCUGCCCCCUCCCACAGCCCGGUGCCCUGCUGACCCCUGACCCCCCCGGCGACCCCUGCCCCCACCCACAGUCCGGUGCCCUGCUGACCCCUGACCCCCCCGGCGACCCCUGCGCCUACCCGCAGCCCGGUGUCCUGCUGACCCCUGACCCAGCGGCGACCCCUGCCCCCACCCGCAGUCCUGCUGACCCCUCCGGCGACCCCUGACCCCUCCCACAGCCCGGUACCCUGCUGACCCCUGACCCCCCCGCGACCCCUGCCCCCACCCACAGCCCGAUGCCCUGCUGACCCUCAGCCUGGUGUCGUGCUGACCCCUGACCCCACCUGACCCCUGCUGAAUCCCCCCCCAAACCCCUGGCUGGAUCCUGUUCUCCUCCUGACCUUUGACCUCAUCCCCAAACUGAAACCUGUCCUCCUGCCGACCUCCGACCCCAUGCCCAAACUGAACCCUGUUCUCCUCCUGACCCCGCUGGCCUUUGACCCCAGCCCCCACUGACCAUCGACCGUGACCCCCGGCUGAACCCUGACCACCCUCUGUCUUCCUCCUCCCCGCCCGACAACCUCUGCCCCCCCCCCACAGAGCCCCUUGAGACCUCCUGACCCCCGUUGACCUGUGACCCCUGCCCCAGUCGCUGUCGACCUUUAACCCCAGUCCUCCCUCUGACCCUGACCCACUGACUGCCCACCACUUCCCCCCAAAAAAACACUGAUCCAAAACUGCCCCACUCUGCAACUCCCACCCCCACCUCCACUCCCCUUCCCCUGCUUCCCACCUCCCCCACCCCCCCCCCUCCACCCCCUCCCACUCUCGGGCAGCGGGUCCCAGGAUCGCAAUAACUCCCACCACCGCCCCGUCGUCGAAACUAAUUCUCCUCCUCACCUCACCCCCUCCCCACCAGCAACCCCCCGCGAACCUCAGGUUCUUUACCUGAUUCCCAUUUAUCAGUGACCACACCGCUCCUCCCCUCCCCCCCCCCCCACCCCCCGCCCAUGUUCUCUGUGGUGACCAACACUCGCUUGGAAAUAGUUUCUCACCUCCCGGGUGCUCAAUGAAAGGUCCUUGUGACUGACACUAAACUAAAUAACAAUGCAGAAAGGCAGGUGUGUGUGUGUGUGUGUUUGUGUGUCUCUGUAUCCACGUGUAUAGUAUCUGUGUGUGUGCGCAUGUGUAUCCGCGUGUAUUGUAUCUGUGUGUGUGCGCGCUUGUGUAUCCGCGUGUAUUGUAUCUGUGUGUGUGUGCGUCUGUAUCCGCGUGUAUUGUGUGUGUGUGUGUGUGCGCGCGCAUGUGUAUCCGCGUGUAUUGUAUCUGUGUGUGUGUGUGCGCGCAUGUGUAUCCGCGUGUAUUGUAUCUGUGUGUGUGUGCGCGCAUGUGUAUCCGCGUGUAUUGUAUCUGUGUGUGUGCGCGCUUGUGUAUCCGCGUGUAUUGUAUCUGUGUGUGUGUGCGCGCUUGUGUAUCCGCGUGUAUUGUAUCUGUGUGUGUGCGCGCUUGUGUAUCCGCGUGUAUUGUAUCUGUGUGUGUGUGCGCGUGUGUAUCCGCGUGUAUUGUAUCUAUCUGUGUGCGUGUCUGUAUCUGCGUGUAUUGUAUGUGUGUGUGUGCGUCUGUAUCCGCGUGUAUUGUGUGUGUGUGCGCGCGUGUGUAUCCGCGUGUAUUGUAUCUGUGUGUGUGUGUGCGCGUGUGUAUCCGCGUGUAUUGUAUCUGUGUGUGUGUGCGCGUGUGUAUCCGCGUGUAUUGUAUCUAUCUGUGUGCGUGUCUGUAUCUGCGUGUAUUGUAUGUGUGUGUGUGCGUCUGUAUCCGCGUGUAUUGUGUGUGUGUGCGCGCGUGUGUAUCCGCGUGUAUUGUAUCUGUGUGUGUGUAUGCGCGUGUGUAUCCGCGUGUAUUGUAUAUGUGCGUGUGUGCGCGUGUGUAUCCGCGUGUAUUGUAUCUGUGUGUGCGCGCGUGUGUAUCCGCGUGUAUUGUAUCUAUCUGUGUGCGCGUGUGUAUCCGCGUGUAUUGUAUCUGUGUGUGCGCGCGUGUGUAUCCGCGUGUAUUGUAUCUAUCUGUGUGCGCGUCUGUAUCUGCGUGUAUUGUAUCUGUGUGUGUGUGCGUCUGUAUCCGCGUGUAGUGUGUGUGUGCGCGUGUGUAUCCGCGUGUAUUGUGUGUGUGUGCGCGCGUGUGUAUCCGCGUGUAUUGUGUGUGUGCGCGUGUGUAUCCACGUGUAUUGUGUGUGUGUGUGUGUGUGUGUGUGUGUGUGCGCGCGUGUGUAUCCGCGUGUAUUGUGUGUGUGUGCGCGCGUGUGUAUCCGCGUGUAUUGUGUGUGUGUGUGCGCGUGUGUAUCCGCGUGUAUUGUAUCUGUGUGUGUGCGCGUGUGUAUCCACGUGUAUUGUAUCUAUCUGUGUGCGCGUCUGUAUCUAUGUGUGUGUGCGUGUGUAUCUGUGUGCGUCUCUGUGCCUGCCUGUGUGCCCAUGUCUCCGUCUGUGCAUAUCUCUCCCCUGUAUGUGUGUAUCUCUGUAUUUGUGUGUGUGUGCGCGCGCACGUGUGUGUACAUGUGCGUGUCUCAGUCUCUGUGCACAUCUCUCUCCCUGUGUGUGAAAGCACGUGUGUGAGCACGUGUCUGUGUGUGCAUAUCUCUCUUUCCAUGUGUGUGUGUGUCUGUGUGUGUAUGUAUGCGCACAUCUGUGUGUCAGUCUCUGUGCAUAUCUCUCUCCCUGUGUGUGUGUGUGCGUGCGUGUGUGUGUGUGUGUGUGCUCGCGCACGCGUGUCUCUGUGUCUGUGUGCAUCCUGCCCGUCGAUAAGCUAUCCUCCUGAUAUUAAGCUGAGGGGAUCUGGGAGCAAGGGCAGUCCAUUCUGCCCAUCGAGCUCGCUGUACUUACCUUCCCCAAUCCCUACAACCCCUCGAUCCUUUGCUGAUUGUAAAAACUUUGUCCUUCAUCUUCCACUCAGCCUCUGGUGUCGGGGGAGGGACUGGAUUCAGCUGAUUCACUGUAUUGAUAGCCUCCCCUCAGGAAGAGCUCAUACCCCCCUCAUCUCCAAGUUUUAUAUAAACUCUGCCACGCCACCCCCCCAUUUCUGACCUCUCUCAGAUGGGAGGGAGUUGAGAGAGAGAGAGAAAGAAUACAAUAUCGAUGCUCCUGCAAGAGGGUGAGGGAACAGAUGUUGCUCUGAAGUAGGUCUCACUACAAGCAUGUCAGAUUUCAACGUAUGUCCAAUUACUUUUCAGCCUUAGAAAUUUCACCUGGAUAAGCUUAUUCCUUCCGAAACACUUUACUCUGCCUCUCCCUCUCCCUGCAGUGUUUGAUGGGACGAUGGAGAGGGAGCUUUACUCUGUAUCUAACCCCGUGCUGUCCCUUUCCUGGCAGUGUUUGAUGGGGGUGACAGUGUAGAGUGAGCUUUACUCAAUAUCUAACCCCGUGCUGCCCCUGUCUCUGGGAUGGGGGGGGGACAGUGUAGAGGGAGCUUUACUGUGUAUCUAACCCCGUGCUGUCCCUUUCCUGGCAGUGUUUGAUGGGGGGGACAGUGUAGAGUGAGCUUUACCCUGGAUCUAACCCCGUGCUGCCCCUGUCCCUGGGAUAGGGGUGACAGUGUAGAGUGAGCUUUACCCUGUAUCUAACCCCGUGCUGUCCCUGUCCCUGGGAGUGUUUGAUGGGGGGACAGUGUAGAGGGAGCUUUACUCAAUAUCUAACCCCGUGCUGCCCCUGUCCCUGGGAUGGGGGUAACAGUGUAGAGUGAGCUUUACCCUAUAUCUAACCCCAUGCUGCCCCUGUCUCUGGGAUGGGGGGGACAGUGUAGAGGGAGCUUUACCCUGUAUCUAACCCCGUGCUGUCCCUGUCCCUGGGAGUGUUUGAUGGGGGACAGUGUAGAGGGAGCUUUACUCUGUAUCUAACCCCGUGCUGCCCCUGUCUCUGGGAUGGGGGUAACAGUGUAGAGUGAGCUUUACCCUAUAUCUAACCCCAUGCUGCCCCUGUCCCUGGGAGUGUUUGAUGGGGACAGUGUAGAGUGAGCUUUACCCUGUAUCUAACCCCAUGCUGCCCCUGUCCCUGGGAGUUUUUGAUGGGGACAGUGUAGAGUGAGCUGUACCAUGUAUCUAACCCCAUGCUGCCCCUGUCCCUGGGAGUGUUUGAUGGGGGACAGUGUAGAGGGAGCUUUACCCUGUAUCUAACCCCGUGCUGUCCCUGUCCUGGGAGUUUUUGAUGGGGACAGUGUAGAGUGAGCUUUACCCUGUAUCUAACCCCGUGCUGCCCCUGUCCCUGGGAGUGUGAGAUGGGGGACAGUGUAGAGUGAGCUUUACCCUGUAUCUAACCCUGUGCUGCCCCUGUCCCUGGGAGUGUUUGACAGGGACAGCCAUGGGAACCCUACUUGGGGGAGAAAUGAUCAGACUAACGUCCGCGUACUCCAUGUCUGUGAGAACCUCUCUGUUAGAUCCAACUGCCUGGCUCUGUUUUCUUACCUUCUGGGAGAGAGGGAGAGGGAGUGUGUACCCCCCCCCCCCCCAGAAUACAAUCAUGUACAGAUUUUUAAAAAAAUAAUAAACGCACAGUCUUGCCUGAAAA